UUUUCUUCAUAGUCCAAGCGAUUCCUUCUCCCAUGACAUACCAUUAAAUAACACCUUUUUUUCUACUUUGCUUGCAAAGAAGUUACCAUCCCUCAUCUUUUUUCCCUCACUCUCUUUNCUCAAUUACAAGUAACCAAAAAAAAAAAGAAAAACAAAAAAAAUCCCUAUUUACUCUUUAACUAAUUAUCCUCUACAAACAUUUGCACAUAUAACAUCGUAUAGAUUGCUUAUGUUUCUUAUGUUAUAAUUCAGGAAUUAUGACAAUGACCCCAUCGGAAAUAAGCUUCGACUUCAAAUCUCAUAUCUACUCCAUGCUUCCGAAAUCCCUCGGCGACGAGCAGAUGACUGAGCAAACCCAAAAGCUCGAGGAUUUCUUAGCCCGACUCGAGGAGGAAAGGCUCAAGAUCGACGCUUUCAAACGCGAGCUUCCUCUAUGCAUGCAACUCCUCACAAAUGCAAUGGAGGCAUCAAGGCAACAACUCCACAUACAAAGAUCAAACAACCAAAUAAUCACCACCACAAAACCCAUUUUAGAAGAAUUCAUGCCUCUCAAAAACAACACAAACUCGACCGAAACCGACAGCGAGGCGGCCGAGAACCACCAUGACAAAGCCAGCUGGAUGACGUCAGCGCAGCUUUGGAACCAAGAAAACGAGAAGGGAGCGAAUGUGGGCCCACUGUCCCCGCCGCCACGUCAUCAAGAGACCGAGAUCAAGCUAGGCCACGUCAGCAAGCGGAGGGUCGUCAACGACGGAGGAGCUUUCUCGCCGUUUUCCGAUACGAAGGGGUUUCCAGAAUUAGCCUUGGCCUCGUCGCAUAAGGAAGAAGUGGUGAUGGAGGAGGGUAAAAUUGGUAAUAUUAAUAAUAGUAAGCCGUGUGGCGGUGAAAAAGAGCAAGUGAAUAACAACACUAAUAAUACGAAUCAGACUCAGAGGAAGGCGAGGAGGUGUUGGUCGCCGGAUUUGCACCGGCGGUUUGUGAAUGCUCUACAUAUGUUGGGUGGUUCACAAGUGGCUACUCCCAAACAAAUCAGAGAACUUAUGAAAGUUGAUGGCCUUACCAAUGAUGAAGUUAAAAGCCAUUUGCAGAAAUACAGACUCCACACGAGAAGGCCGAGCCCGAGCCCGCAGGCCUCCCUCACGGCGGCCCCGCAGGUGGUUGUCCUCGGCGGCAUAUGGGUCCCGCCAGAAUACGCCGCUGCCGCCGCACACGGCGGAUCCCCGGCCGCCGCCGCUCUUUACGGCGCGCACGGCGCCGGCGCCGGCGCAGCGCACCACCACGUGUCUACCCCCUUCUGCUCCCCGGCGCCGCCGCAGGGGAUCUACCCCGCGAUAGCUGCUGCCUCUCAGCCGCCGGCGAACACCAACUACCAGAUACACCCCCACGGCGGCGUCCACCACCAUCAGCAACAGCAGAUCCAUCUGUACGGCGGUAACCCGCCGUCGACUCAGGGGAACGGAUCGCCGGAGUCCGAUAUUCGGGGCGGCGACCCGUCGGAGAGCAUUGAGGACGGGAAGUCGGACAGCGGCGGGAGCUGGAAGGCGGACAGCGGCGGUGAGAGGAGGUCGAGGGCGGACGGCGAGGAGAGCAACGCGAGCACCGUCGUCAGUCUUAAAUUCUGAAAUUAAUUAAUUAAUCUUUCCAAGAAAGUAAUUAAUUAGUGGGGGUUGAUUAGUAAUUAAAUUAAUAUUCUUUAUAAGGGUAAAUGAUAUUAUUAUUAUUAUUAUUAU